AUGUGCGUUAACUGUAUUCGAAACGAAGUCGACAUUACCGAAGGAAUUCCAAAGCAAGUGCACAUUCAUUUCUGCCGUAACUGUGAACGAUACCUUCAACCUCCUGGCAUUUGGGUUGUAGCCGAGCUUGAAUCUCGAGAACUGUUGACGCUCUGUCUCAAGAAACUUAAGGGCUUGAGUAAAGUCCGUUUGGUCGAUGCAGGAUUCAUUUGGACGGAACCACACAGUAGACGUAUCAAGGUCAAAUUGACAAUCCAGAAAGAGGUCUUUGCAAACACUAUUUUACAACAGGUUUUCGAAGUCGAAUACGUAGUGGGCACGCAGCAAUGUGAUGACUGUACUCGUUUAGCAGCUCAGAACACUUGGAAGGCUUCCGUCCAAGUUCGUCAAAAAGUAGAGCACAAGCGUACUUUCCUUUUCCUCGAACAGCUUAUUCUCAGACACAAUGCCCACAAGGAUACAACCAACAUCCGAGAAACCAAGGAUGGUAUCGAUUUCUACUAUGGUCACCGUGGUCAUGCUAUUAAGAUGCUUGAAUUUUUAAACGCUGUUGUCCCGAUCAAGUACAAAACUAGCGAACAGCUUAUUUCUACCGAUAUCCACACGAGCGUCAGCAAUUACAAGUUCACAUACUCUGUUGAAAUUGUUCCUGUUUGUAAAGACGACCUCGUAUGUCUGCCGAGAAAAGUUGCCAACAGCUUAGGCAACCUCACUCCCUUGCUUCUUUGCACUCGCGUGGGCAACACAAUUCAUCUGGUUGAUCCAAAUACACUCAACUCUGCCGACAUCAAUACCACUGUUUACUGGCGCUCUCCAUUCUUACCGUUGGCAUCAGCAAAGGGCUUAACGGAAUACUACGUUCUCGACGUUGAGCCGCUUGGCCCAGUCAAGGGAAGACAAGUGCUUGCAGACGUUCACGUUGCUCGCAUGUCCGAUUUCGGCCACAAUGACAACGAAUUUAUCGCACGAUCGCAUUUGGGCGCUGUCUUGAAUCCCGGAGACACAGUGCUUGGUUACGAUUUAUCACACAGCAACUACAAUAAUGACGAAUUCGACAAAUUAGACCGCAGAUCAUUACCCGACGUCAUCCUUGUGCGCAAAUCAUAUCCACAGCGCAGAAAGAAGAACAAGCAGCGUACUUGGAAGUUGCAGCAAUUGGGCAAGGAAGUUGAUGAUAUGUUGCCACGCAAGCAGGACGUCGCACGUAUUGAAAACGAUAUGGAAAUGUUCAUGCGUGAUAUCGAAGAGGAUCCUGAAUUCCGAUCGAACAUUAAUAUCUUCAAGAGUCAGAGCGAAGCACGCCAGCAACAACCUGCUGUGGAUCAUGGCGCCAUGACCGAUUCAUCAGAUAUUGAGGAAGAGGACUUCCCUGAAAUCUCGUUGGAAGAAAUGUUGGACGAAAUGCAGAUCAACCAGGAUACGUCUGAUCAGCAGCAACAACAGCAGCAGCAGCAGCAUCAGGAUGAGGACGAUGUGAUGAUGAUGUAA